CGGCGUCGUUUAUAACAUCUGACCACUCUCUCGCACACCACUCUCCCUCUCUCGCUACGCGUGUCUUCCUUCCAUUUCGAUCGGUGACCGACGUCCGGAGACGGCACCACCCACCAUUCGUCUAUCUUAUCUCGCCGAUGCUCUCAACGAAUUUCAGAGAGGGUUAUUGCUUAUGAGCCUCUGUUUAACAAUCCCAUUUUAUCUUACAGAUUUCCAAGACCUGCUUGCUUGACCAGAGGUUCUAUACCACUGACAACCAGUCAUUGGCGAUACCACCGGCAACCAUCAGAUCAGCGUUCACGGCAACACCACUGGAAACCACCAGAUUGGUGAUGACUCCGAUUUGGAUUUUCAUCAUAUGAAAGAUGGAGUUUGUAUAUGAAGAUGUCGAAUCCUUAUUGUUACAAAUAAAGAAUCAAGAGAAGCAGCUUAAUAUUAAAAGAAGGUGGUUGAUGGGAUUGCCUAUAUCCAAUUCUGAGCAAAAGGAAUUUAAAGGGUCCAAGUUCCUGAAAGAUAGGACUGUGCCAGAAUCAUUGCUUAGGGAAGAUGAUGUAAGAAUUUGUGUCCUAAAAUAAUCGCGUUAUGAAAAUUACAGCAGUUAACUUGAAACAAGACGUAAGAUGUAUUUAUGUGGACCUCAUGAUGAUAUUGUUUAAUGCAUGACAUAAAAAAAUAUACUAUAUUAAUAAGGGUAAAUUGCAUAAAACCCCUUGAACUAUCUUCUCUCUCUCUCACAAAAAUUUCCCUUGAACUACUAUUUAGACAAUUAACCCCCUAAACUAUCCCCUUUUAUACAGAAUACCCCAUUCCGUUGAUGCAAUAACAGAAAAUUCACCCUCUGCAAGUCACGUGAUCAACCCAAUUUUUUAUAAAAACAUUAUUGCUUUUAUGACCGUUAGGUCAUACCCAUAUUUAUUGGGUUAACCCGUUUUAACCCCCAAUCCCUCCCACCUUCAUUUCAACAACCAAACCCUAACUACUGAGUGCAAUCCAUUUGCGAACCCGAACUACUUUAUCUCUCUUUCAUCCAUCUAUAUGUUUCAUCCAUGAAAUCAGUGUCUUUUGGCAACAAGCUACCCGCUAACUCCAUCUACGUUAUGACUUUGAGCAUGUAAAUUUUACACAAUUUUCCACUAAUUCAGUAACACCAUUUGGGUGUUCGUUACAUGCUCUUGUUGCUGUAAUGGCUUAAUCAAUGAUGAUUUGAGAAUCAAGGAAUAACAAUCUCCUGUUUUACUGCUAUUUCAUGUGUUUCAACUUCUCCCUAUUAUAAAUUUGUAGGGAAAAACGAAAGCUAAAAAAAAAAAAAAAAAAAGAAGAAAAAAAAAAGCGAAAAGGGUUGUCACAGGAAGAGAAAAUUGAGGGUUCCUUGAUGUGGUUCCAGAUCAAAAGAUUUGCUUCAACAAUCAACUUUUACAGUUGCUUCGGCCAUUGUGGGAAAUGGUGCCUUUGCUUUAUGGCUGGUGCCUGGUGGACUCGCUUGGACUCUUUCUAGUUCUGUUCACCGGACAAUAAUUACGGGUCCAUCUGGAUUUCCAUUGACUGGCUUACUGUAUAUUAUGAGACCAUCAAAACUUUUGUUGAAAAAGGAUUUGAAGCCUCUGCUGUUAAAAGAGAUCACCAUGUGGUUCAAGAAAGAAUGCAACUUUUUGAUUUAUCCCUGCUUGAUCAUAUGACCAAUAAGGGGCUUUACGUUUUUGCCAAGAUGCUGACAGGUGGCUCAACUAAUUUUGAGAAAACCCGGUUGAAAAUGAAAAAGAUCAUUAGAGAAUGUCUUCCAAAAAUAGUUGGAAACCGAAAGAAUAACCACCAAGUGACCAUAUCUAAACAGAUAUCUGAACUUCUCAAAGACCCACACAAUUUCCGUGGGACUUCCAUGACGCUUUUGACACCUGCAUCCCAAUCCUAGCAGGCUGCUGCUGCUGCUAAGGUACUGGAUGGACUUGAGGACUUCCCAUUCCAGACCUUGACCGCAAUGCACAGGAAGCUUAGAUGUAUCCAAGGAUACAUGCCCCAGUUACAUCCUCCAAAAUCAGGAUGGGGACGAAGCAGUUUAAUUAAAGCAGUUAGGAAAAGUUCCAUGAAGAUGCUAUCAGAACUUGGUGAAGAGGAUGAGCUGCAGGAACCAUUAGCCAAAGCAAUGGCUGUUGCAGGCUUAUCGCUGAAGCUAGUUCUAGGCUGUAACUCUGUAAUAGAGUUUCAACAAUUUUCACCAGAAAUAGAAGCCUUGCAGAAGGAGAUAGCAAAGGCUAUUUGGAUUCUCAAAGAGAAGGUGAGAUUUCCGGAGCUGAAGAAUUUGCAGCUUCUGUUGGAUCCAAAUGCUGAAUUAUCACGAAGGAGUUUACGUGCAGCAGUGAGGAAACUCCUAACUGAAUAUCUUUUGGAGUGCAGUGAUAUGGACCAUAUCCCAGAGUGUUUAUUAGAAACUAUUGCUGUUAUCAAUAGAAGCUCUCGAAGUGCUCCUCGUAGAUUUUUCUCGAAGAAGGAUAUAGAAGAAGAAGUAGAAUGUGUAUUGAGUGUGAGUGCUCAGACAAGGCAGAUUCUGUGGGACUUGCUUCCUGAACAUGAGUUUGACCAAGAUUAUAUAGAUGCAUAUAUGGAGGAUUUAGAAGAAAGUGAUAAUAGUUAUGAUGAUAAUGACGACCAGGAACAAGCAGAUAUCCUGCAAAAUAUGAGGCUUUUUUAUCCCAAUGACGAAAUAGAGAGCACUGGGGAGACUGACCCCCUAAAUUCCAACUUACAUGCCUUCUUAACUAAAGGAAAUGGCUCUCCGCCAGUUCUUACACCCAGUGGAAGGUUGAACAAUGAUUCUAUGGAUUCUCCUUCUUUUGCUUCUUCCACUUCAGGUUGGGAAUCAAAGGUUUUUGACAGCCCACAGAAUAUGGAUGGAAGCCGGUACCACUUGGGAAGUACGAGGAGUUUGGGACUUACUGAACAUUCAGUCGAUCCGGCAAAACAGUCAAAAUCCGUUUCUUCUAACUUUGCAUGUGGGGAUAAGCACAAGAUGGGUAGAAACCAAUACCUUUCCAUCCAAGAAGCCUGUGAUGAGACAAGUAUAGUCGCCUAUCAUCUCAUUGGUCAUAUACUGAAUGAGUUAGCGCAGAUAGAAGGUUUGGAUUUAGACUGGGACGACAUAUCGUAUCUCAGAGGCAAUGAUUCAAUUCCAAAAGAUUCUAGCCACAAAAAAAGGGCAGAUUUCCUCAGAGGAAGAUAUGUGUGGCUCAGUCAUCAUUCAAGUGUUUGAAGAGCUAAUCCCUCUAUUUCCUAAAAGUGGAAAAGAGUGUGUGAAGAAGUUGAUGGAUUCAAAGUAACUUAUCCAUUAGCCUGUUUUGAGGGUUUUGUUGGCAACAGCCAAGUGACAUGGAAGAAUACUUUCGACAGCUUUUGUGUCGUUUUCUUUCUAAAGGUAUACUCCCUUUUCCCUCUGGGUUUUACUGGGAUAUGUGAGAUGUCGAGCAAAGAGUAGCUGCACAAUCACAGGAUAGAACAUUUUCUGUCUUGUGGUAGAUAAUUUACUGAAGGUGAUCCAUUAUGGGGUGCGCGGCAUAUAUAUUUAAUGGUUUCCACCUUGUGGCCGAUAGAAAUAUAGCAAUGGUAAAGAAUUCAAAUUAAAGAAUCUGGUGGAGGUUCUGUCCAGCCAGCAGCAUACGUUUUCUUCAGCAAAAGAGUAGAAGAGGAAGCAAGUUUGUGAAUUUUAUUUUAUUUUUUUAAUUUUUUUUUGAUGUAUAUAUUUUGAGAAAUGAAAAUAUGCGGUGGGCAUUAUAGUUGGGCAGUCCCAUUUUUGUAAAUCGAAAUUGCAGUUGGCACAUCUAAAGAUGUUUGGAAA